AUGUCUGAAACACGCAAAGCAAUAAUAAUCGGCGCAGGACCAGCCGGCCUCGCAACAGCACUGCGUCUGCACUGUCACAAUAGCAUCUCCUGCGUGGUGUACGAGCUGCGCUCAGAGCCCACGACUCUGGGUGGUGCAAUUGGCAUUCUAUCCAACGGCCUGCGUUUGUUUGACCGGCUGGGUGUGUAUGACGACCUGCUUGCCCGUGGAUACAGUGGGACGCAGUUGACGCUGCAUUCACUGGGUGGUGGGGUCGUUGGAUCGCAAGAUUACGUCGGUUGGGCGAGGCGGAAAACCGGGUAUGGGUAUUUACGGAUUAAGAGGACUGAUUUGAUGGAUGUUCUGCUGGAUGCUGUGCGGAAGGAAGGGAUUGAGGUUAGGUAUGGUAUGAGGAUGAAGGAUAUUGAAGAUCGGGAGGAUGGGGUUACGGUGGUGUUUGAAGAUGGAUACAGAGAUUCUGCGGAUGUUCUUCUUGGAUGUGAUGGGAUUCACUCGCAGGUGCGACGGUUGUUUGUUGAUCCUGGGCUUUUGUCGGAGUAUUCUGGAAUUGCGGGGUCGCUGGCGCUGAUUCCGGCUGAGGUUUUGAGACCUGGGUCUGUGGAGAUGAUGUCUGGCUUGCAUGUUAUGAUGACGGAGGAUGGGAUGGUUAUUGUGAAUCCCUGUAUGCCGAAGAAGGAGGAGAUUUUAUGGGGUUUCUCGCGUGAGGUUCCGCUUCCUGAAUCUGGGGAUGGUCGGGAUGGGUGGGAGGAGACUCGCCGGGCUGAGGUUGAGGGGCUCAAGGAUUCGAUGAUGAAGAUUCUUGAAAGUUCUCGGGGUGAAUGGGGUGGUGUUGUGAAGGAUCUUGUGCGGAAUACCUCUGUCGUCAAGUUCCAUCCGAUUUACAGGCUGCCGCUUGAUGUUUUCUUGGUCUCGCGGUUGCUGGAGGAUCCCAACAGAUCUCUGAGUGAUGUUUUUGCCAGAUUCGAUGAGAUCCGUCGCCCGCGGGUGAAUGCAAUCUAUACGAAGGCGGCGGAUAAUGCUGGAACGAGAAAGAAGACUGGUCCGUGGGGAUUGUGGAUCAAGGAGACUGCAUUCGGUAUUUAUACAGGUGUCUCUGGCGCUUUGGGAUUGGAUAAGUUGGGGAUUGGAGAGAGGCAUCUGGUCUAUGAUAUUGAUGAUGUGGAACUAUGA